UGUUGUUGUUGCUCUCACCGUUAAUUAUCGUUACCAACCCUCUUCCGCCGCGCCCUCCCCGCCGAUGCCCGUGUGAGCGCCAGCACCUGCGGGGGCCAUGGAGGGCUCCACCGGCUUCGGGAUCGACUCCAUCCUCUCGCACCGAGCCGGGAGCCCGGCAGGGCCCAAGGGAGACCCUCUGGGGGGCGACGGAAGGUCCCCGCUGGAGCUGAGCCCCCGCUCGGAGGGCAGCAGCGGGUGCCCCUCGCCCCGCUCGCCCGGCCGCGAAUGCCUGGAGGCGGCGGGGCCGCAUCUGCAGCCCGGCCAGGGCUCGGCUCCCUCCCAGUCCCGGACCGUCACCUCGUCCUUCCUCAUCAGAGACAUCCUGGCCGACUGCAAGCCCCUGGCAGCCUGCGCCCCUUACUCCAGCACCAAUGGACCUCACGGCGGGCAGGAGCCGGCGGGCAGGAUCCCCACCAAACCCGGCGAGGACUUUAGGGAGAAAAUGGAAAAAAACACCAGCAGCUCCUCCUCGGAUUCCGAGUACAAAGUGAAAGAAGAAGGGGACCGGGAGAUCUCCAGCUCCCGGGACAGCCCCCCGGUGCGGCUGAAAAAGCCGCGCAAAGCCCGCACCGCCUUCACCGACCAUCAGCUGGCCCAGCUGGAGCGCAGCUUCGAGAGGCAAAAAUACCUGAGCGUGCAGGACAGGAUGGAGCUGGCGGCCUCCCUCAACCUCACCGACACGCAGGUGAAAACCUGGUACCAGAACAGAAGGACCAAGUGGAAAAGGCAGACGGCGGUGGGCCUGGAGCUGCUGGCCGAGGCCGGCAACUACUCAGCGCUGCAGAGGAUGUUCCCCUCGCCCUACUUCUACCCGCAGAGCCUGGUCUCCAACCUGGACCCCGGCGCUGCCCUCUACCUGUACCGAGGACCCAGCGCGCCGCCCCCGGCCCUCCAGAGACCCCUGGUGCCCCGCAUCCUCAUCCACGGACUGCAGGGCGGCAGCGAGCCCCCCCCGCCCCUGCCCCCCCUGCCCGGCGUCCUGCCCCGGGCCGCGCAGCCCCGGUGA